AAGGGCAUGUGGAUGGUACAGUCACAGCAGUGUCACGACACAGGCUUGCUUAGACUCGACAGUUACGGACAGUCAGACUUAAAUUGAAAUAUACAAACAAUGAUAUGUGAGGAGGGAAGACAACACAGGACUUGGGAGUAAGUAGUUACUGGUGGAAAUUCCAUCAGAUAAAGAGGCAUCUAUUGGUUUGGUCACAUGGGAAACAACCUGGUGUUGAAGUGGAUACAGCUAAUGGCCUUCAUUGACAUUUCUUGAGUUUGCUUCGGUCAGCGUCGCUAAAUAACCAGAGACUUCGCAUGCUGAGAUCCUAAAAGACAUCAAUAAACAGCCUACAUCUAACAUGGCGGACGACUUUACAUCGGAACGCCCAGGACAGGCCAGUGUUGAUACCAAUACACUAUUGACAACACAGAUGAUGGUUCUCGCUUCUUCAACAACAAAUUUGAAUAUUUCGAACAAUUCAGGUCAGGCCAUUUCAGCGGAAGUUAUGAUACGCAUGCUUAGCAUAAACAAGUUCGAGCGCCUUGUUCCCGCCAUCGUCUACACUGCCAUUCUGAUGGCAAUAGGCACGCCGGGUAACGCCAUCGUGUGGUUUAUAUAUUAUUCAAGAUGGCGACGAAGCUCUACUAGAAUUUUUAUCUUAGCAUUGGCCACAUUAGAUCUUAUAAAUUGCACUUUAACACUUCCGGUUGAAAUCUUCAUGUUAUUUAACUACAUCGUGUUUGAUCAUAGCUUCAUUUGUAAGUUAUCACGUUUUACUACAUACACGUGUAAUUGUGCGGCAGCUCUUAUUCUUAUAGCGAUAGCUGUAGAUCGAUAUCAGCGGAUAUGUAGACCGCACGAAAACGCCAUAUCCACCCGAACUUCUAAACUCAUAUGCUGGCUUUCUGUGACUCUGUCUCUGUUGACGACGUGGCCAUCCCUGGUGAUCUACGGCACGCAGGAUUACCCAGUGCUCGGCGUAGUGUUAAAGGUGUGUCUGAUCGAGAACGCAUAUGUGUCCACACCAUAUCCCCUGGCUUACUUCACCUUUAACUGUAUCUGCACACUCAUUAACUUCCUCACCCUCACUGUUCUCUACAUAUUCGUCGGUGUGCGCGUGUGUCAGCGCUGGAAGUUCAGAUCGACUUCUGUCCGCUCAUUUUCCUCUGUAUCCAUGGAAGAUGACGAAGACUACCCAACAGAAAGACAUUCGUUGAGGAAACAAAGCAAGCGCAGUGCGAGCAACGAACCGCCUCCAAGCCCGCGUGCGGCCAUCAAGAUGGCGUUCUUGGAUCUUAAAUCUACUUUCAAACGUACGAAGAGCACUGUAUCGGACAAGAGAGUGUUACGUAUUGGUAAAACCACGCUGAUGUUAUUCCUAGUGACGUUGGCGUAUAUCAUCAGUUUUUUACCGUUUCUUGGCAUCGCAAUACACCGUUCUAUCAACCCUGCGGCUUGGAAGGUACAACAGAAGGCGAAUGAGAUGGUGUACCAUGUGUUUCUGAGGUCAUAUCUCCUCAACUGUGCCAUUAACCCCGUCAUAUAUUCAUUCUGUAACGACAUCUUCAGGAGGGAGUGUGUCAUUCUCUUCAAGCGGAUUUUCUGCUGUAAAAAGACUCAUUAGUUUGUCUAUGAUAACUGUUACAUUGCUGUGUGUUUAUCGGUGUAUUGAAAUACAAUGUGUUUUGCUUUCCUUUGUAAAGCACCCUAACGUUACUAGUAUAAAGACGACAUUUAAAAUUAACAGGCUUGGAGCAACAUUAGUUGCCAAUAAUUGCUGGUUGCUCAGUUCCGGUGAUUUGUUUUUUCCCGCUGAACCAUCGGAAACAAAUGUUCAACUGAAUGUUCACUAAACUUUGAUAUCUCUUUACCAUUAUAUGCGUUUCAAUAUCUUAUGGUAGCUACAAUACUCUAUACAAGGUCCAAUUUAUUUUGUAUAUUUACGGAAGAAAAGUACACUAUUAAGGUUGCCCUUGAAACUUAAUCAAACUGACCUUGUAAGGCAGAGAUAGUGACCGUACUAAACAAUGAAGCAGGGGUAGUUACAGUGCGAGAUGAUGAAAGUGACUGUGUGAGAGAGGGAUAACAACAGUGACCGUGUGAGUAUGGGAUAGUGACAGUGCGAGACAAUGAUAGUGACCGUGUGAGACAGGGAUAUUAACAGUGCGAGACAGGGAGAGGGCCGUGUGAGGCAGGGAUACUGUCCGUGCUCAACAAUGAUAGUGACCGUGUGAGGCAGUGAUAGUGACAGUGCGAGACAAUGAUAGUGACCGUGUUAGGCAGGGAUAGUGACAGUGCGAGACAAUGAUAGUGACCGUGUGAGGCAGUGAUAGUGACAGUGCGAGACAAUGAUAGUGACCGUGUUAGGCAGGGAUAGUGACAGUGCGAGACAAUGAUAGUGACCGUGUGAGGCAGUGAGAGUGACAGUGCGAGACAUAGAUAGUGACCGUUUGAGUCCGGGAUAGUGGCUGUGUGAUACUGGAAUAGUGACCUUAUCAGUCAAUGAUAGUGACCGUGAUAGCCAUUGUUAGUGACAUUUAGAACUCUGGAAAGUGACAGUGUGGGUAGUGGAAUUUACAUCUUGAAUCAAGAGUAGUGACAGUGUGAAAUAUGAAAACAACCUUGUGAUGCAAGGAAAGUGAUGUGGCAGUGAAAUAACCUGGUGAUGUGGAGACCGUAUUAGACAAGGAAAGUGAUGUGGCAGUGAAAUAACCUGGUGAUGUGGAGACCGUAUUAGACAAGGAAAGUGAUGUGGCAGUGAAAUAGCCUGGUGAUGUGGAGACCGUAUUAGACAAGGAAAGUGAUCGUAUAAGUGACCUCGUAAUGAAGGGAACAUGACCUUGUGAUGUAAGGAUAGUGACCAUGUUAGAUAAGAAAAGUGACCGCAUGUGGAAUUGAAAAUGUCCUAGUGAUGACAAGAAAGAGAUCGUUUUAGACAAAGAAAGUGUCCAUAUAUUGACGUCAAACUUUUAAACACCAACUUAAGAUUCUAUUUUUGAUAAUGAUUACUUUUGUGUAAUUACUAUGUAGUCUUGACCUUCCUGUACAUAAUUCUAUAUAAAUGUCACUUUUUAUGCAUAUCGUACCAUCUGCUUAUGACAUUAGAAUAAAACAAGUCGCUUCAUUCUGUAUGUUUCAAUAUCAUCAGUUGACAUCAACAUAGUCACCUUAGCAUUUAUUUCAGAAAUCUUGAUAUAUUGUUGUAAUGCUACUACAAAAGUCUUUUUAGUCAGAACACUAGAGAAUCAGGUCACGUGUAACAUCAACUAAAUGUAGCGUCGCUUAAUUGGCGCAAGAGAAGUUUAAUUGCCAGUGUUAAAAAAAACAGAAAGAAUUUAUAAGAUAUCACAAUAUCGCUUAACAAUGAAAACAGACGAGCAAAAUUAUUACAUGCAAAUUAUAUAGACGGAUGUUUGUACCCAAGUUAAAUUUCAUCAUUUAAUUCCGGAAAAUGGAGCAUUUGAAAUAAAGAU